CGUCCUUUGCACCAGCGCGAUGUGGGGUGGCCGGCCGCACGCCGCCUCUUCCCGUUCGGCUCCCCUCUCCCGCCUCGCGCCGGCUCUGGGGUCCCCGGCAGCGAAGGGCGCAAGGACCAACCUGGAGCGGGGAGUGAUCUCGGCCAAGAGCGUGCGCGAGCUGGCAGUCAGGCAACCCCGGGCGAGACAAAAGCCGGAGCAGCGGGCGAGAGGGGAGAAGCCAUCUCCCGGACAGCCGGCGCACUGCACGGCGACGCGAGGAUCGGCCAGACCCUGCCUGGACAGGCAGCCGCCGGCCGCCAGCUCCAGCCGCAGCGCCGAAUCGCCGCGAGCUGGAGGGCGGGGCGGCGGCGGGAACCCCGGCCGCCCCCUGCUCCCUCCCUCUCCUCCCGCCCUCCGUGCCAGUGCGUGGGGGAAGAGAAACGCGCUGGCGUCAAGUUGGGCUCUGAAAACCCGAGAGCGCAGAUUUCCACUUCUCGCUUGGAUGAGGGUUUUUGCAGAUGGUCGUUACUUUUUCCUGCUGGAACCCGUUGGCUUUGGGAAGACCAACAGCUGGUUCUCAGCCUCCCUCCUCUGCGUCCCAUCAGGUGUCCGAGGUCUCAAGCCAUCAGCCUCCCUCAGAUGCCCACAGCUCCCCAGCCAAGGCUCCCAUGGAAACAGCUGCCAAGCUUCCUCUUUGUCAAGAUGCUACUACCAUUGCAGUCUGUCUUUGGGUUCACUAGAGGGUUUUUGUUAAAACUUUAUUUUCCCCAGAAAAGUCUUUUUUAAAAGAUGUGGGGGCAUUUAAAAGUUUUCUCAUUAAUAUGAAACAUUGCAACAAACCCAAACAGGAUUCUCCAAGAGACAAUUGUUAAAGGUCAUCCUAAAAUCAUAAGAGUUCUAGCCUGGGAUGAGAGUCUAUAUCCCCAAAAGUGGAUAACUAUCUUAAAAGCAAAUGAAAGAGAAUACAAAAAAAAAAAAAAGAAAGAAAGAAAGAAAGAAAGACCUCAUCAGAUCAGCGAUGCUUUUUUAACAACGAGGGUUA